GAACAUUGUUGAAUAAAGUCUGAAUGAAAAAAUCAGAGGCGUUGUACGCAUCCUCCUUGCUGCAAAUUUAAGCAAAUUUCAUGUGGCGGCAGUCAUCUUUAUUCUUCACUUAUGUCGUAGGAGUUUUGGCGAUAGAAGGAAAAGGUAAACCUUGUGGUGCUGAAGCAAGCCCGCAUCUCCUCCACCACAACCCUUGGCUGGUGUACAUAGAAUAUUACAGGCAUCAGCACCUUACAGAGAUCAGGUGUGCUGGCACCCUCAUCAGCUCGAAGCACGUCGUCACUGCCGCCCACUGUGUUAAGAAGACCAGGUUUUCGCAUCUUGUAGCUCGACUGGGGGAAUAUGACACGAGGACUGAACAGGACUGCCUUCGGGGGUUGUGUGCGGAUCCCUUAAAGAAAAUAGCCGUUUCGAAGAUCAUUGGCCACCCAGGCUACGAUGGGAGACAGCAUGAUAUCGCUGUCUUAGUCUUAGCUGAGGACGCUCCGUACACCGACUUCAUUCGACCGGUAUGCCUGCCGUCCGGCGAUCUGGAUCCAACAGCCACCUUCACAGCAUCAGGAUGGGGGGUCAUCCCCUUCAAUGGCCACUACAGUGACACCAAGAAGAUCUUACUCCUACCCAACUGGGGCAUUGCAGAAUGCAAGGCAGCUUAUUCAAGCAUCGACCUUCCUGACGGAGUCAUCUGUGCUGGUGGUGAGGAAGGGGUGGAUACCUGCAAUGGAGACUCCGGGGGGCCCCUCGCUUGGGUCCGUUAUAGGAUCGAGCUAUGGGGGGUGACCAGCUUCGGAAACACGCAUUGCGGGACCAAGGACUCCCCUGGGAUUUAUACAAAAGUAAUUGACUAUUUGGAUUGGAUCCAGGAAGUCAGUGCGUCUAACUGAAUAAGAUGGAGUGGAAGGAGUAUAAAAUAAAAAAAAAAUGACCUCAAAUGUAUUUUUAAGUAAUAUAGAUACUCAGGAACUUGGAAUUAAUGCCGACGUAAUACAAAAAAGAGAUGCGGAUCGAAGCUUCAAUUUGGACAUGGAAGAUAAUAUGAAAAUAAGAUAAAGGGUAAUAUUGAACUUGACUAUAGAAUUGUAUAAUGAUUUCAACUUCAAGCUUUACUUUUAAGAUAAUGUAAAAACAGGUUAGGCAUCAAGUUAAAUGCAAGAGAACGUAAUUGAGAAUGUAAUGGCUUUAGACAUCCGUUUAUUUGAGGUAAAAAAACUACAAAUAAACGGAUUCUUAAAAGUCAAAGAGACUGAAUAUGCCAGAGUGCCAAAGAUUAAGAAGGAAAUAAAUUAUUAUUAUUACUAAUAUUAAAGGCGCUUCGUUUAGUUUGAUUUAACUGAAUUUGUUUUAUGUUUCGAUCAUACAAAGAUGUAACAAUGUUCAAUACUCAUUUUAUUGUUGAUUAAACUUUAUGUUCAAAAUAAUCUAUAUAAGUUUCGAAAUGAGGUUAAAAAAUAUGUAGCAAAUAAAAAAGACAAAAAAAUGAUUAACCAAAUUGGAUAUUAAAAUUUAUUUUUCCAAAAA